AUGACUAUUACGCAAGAAAAACUGGAAGACUUGUCGAGGGGAAUCCUCCUCCCGAUUGUGUUGGUGCUCGACGCCUGGGUGUUCCAGUACCUGGUGUUUGUCUAUUGGCUGGAGUUCCGAGUGAAAAUGCUGCUAGUCGCGUCGUUCCUUGCCUUUAUCACGCACAUUUACUCCCACGAGACGUACGAGACGCUGUGGGAAUAUAACGACAUCUCCGAGACGUGUCUGCAGCUGACGUUCACGAUCCAGAUCACGAUCAUCGGUCGCGAUGUAUCCAAGAAAGUCAAGCUCCGCUCUAUCGUCCACUUCACGCACGCUGCCGAGGUGCUGAUCCUCGCGAGUUGGAUCGACGUGCUCGGGACUGCGCUCGAAGUCGCGGGCGUCAAUCUGGGCACGAGAAUGCACGGACUGGAGAAUUGGGUGGAGUCUCUCUCGCUCGCGUUCGUGCUGGUCUUUCGCUUCUUCUAUCUAUCGCUGUCUUGUGGAGCUGCACGGGUGCUGGCGAAGCGUAAAUUGGAGUUCACCCUCUAUUUAUUGGUAGCAGUGCAUGAACUCCCGUUCGUUCUACUGGAAUAUUUAACAGGUGUGAACUGGGAGUUUGUAUAA